GGAGACGACUCGUAAACUAAGAGUUGGGCUAGAAAUCUGACGAAAAUUCCCUUUCACUUAUUGCCUCUGAUAUUACACAAACACCUCAGAUGACGUCGAGCAAGCCAAUUGUUCUCCGCCUCGGCGAGGAUAUCAAAUACAACCACGACUUCUACAAUGAUGUCUUUACCAAGCGCUUUCAUGUUGUCGCCAACGAGGAGCCGGACCGAGCUUCCUUCAUAAAGGCGCUUAAGGAGAAAAAAUAUGGCGACUUUGCAGCCAUCUAUCGCCCGCAUUUCCAAUCCGGUGGUGAGAUGGGCCAGUGGGAUGAUGAACUGAUCAACCUUCUCCCUUCGUCGCUCCGUAUCUUCGCCUCCGCUGGAGCUGGCUUCAACUGGGCCGACACGGAUGCGCUGGGCCGCCGAGGCAUCUGGUACGCCAACGGAGCUGGCUGCAGUGACGAAGCCGUCUCAGACACGGCACUGUUUAUGAUCCUGUCAGUCUUCCGCAAUUUUUGGCGCUCUCAACGAGGGGCCCGCACUUGCGACCCGGACCAGUUCUUUGCAAUGCACAAGCUUGUCGGGAGCAUUUCGUACAAUCCUCGUGGGCAUGUGCUGGGCAUUGUAGGGUUGGGAAACAUCAGCAAGUUGCUGGCGCAGAAGGCCCAGGCGGCGUUGGGCAUGGAAAUCCACUAUUUCGAUGUGAUACGAUCGAGCCCGGAAGUCGAGAAAGAGCUGGGUGCGGUCUUCCAUCCCACUCUACACGAGCUACUCGCUGUUUCCGACUGCGUCAGUUUGCACACGCCCCUCAACGCGCACACGCAAGACCUCAUGAACACGGAAGCCUUUUCUCACAUGAAGGAUGGUGCUCGACUUGUCAACACCGCACGCGGACAGGUAGUCAACGAGGAUGCCCUGAUCGAGGCGCUCAAAAGCGGCAAGAUAUCCGGUGCUGGACUUGACGUGCACUAUCACGAGCCACAGGUUUCCAAGGAGCUGGCAGCCAUGGAUAAUGUGACGCUGACGUGCCACAAUGGAGGUGCGGCUAUCACAACAAGAAUAAACUUUGAGUUGAAUGCGAUGAAGAACAUUUUGCAAGUCGUUGAUGACAAGGGCGAGUUUUGCGGGGAGCCUUUGACACCAGUGAAUCGCAAGGCGUUUGAGAGUGCGUCACGGUAG